AUGUUUUCCACAAUAUCACCCACAUUUGGGUUGGUACUUGGGGCGGCAGGUAUUAUAUUGCCACAUGCUAUAAGCUGUACAUGUGCCGCUAGUUGCGAUGACGAGACUGCAACAGGACCAGUUAGACCAUUUACUCCAUACAAAAGGAAGCGACGAAAAGAGAGCCAUCCAUAUAGAAGACCAAAUGAAGACGACAGCGACUACCAAUCUGAGGAAGAAGUGUGGCCCACAGCCUCUGCCCACCCAUGGUCGCGACGCAAUCGCUUGCGUAUCGGAACUUAA